UUGCAUCGUCGAACGGCCAAUGACGGGGCGUCUUGCAUCGCGGCUCGGCCAGUGCACUGUGUGAGGCAGGGGAGGGAGCGGCCCACACUUUCUCUGUCUUGUGGUGCCCUCUUUUAAUGACAAUUCGUGAUCUAUAGUCCUCCACGUUUGUCAGAAAGUGCUGCUGACCAUGGAUGUACUGGUGCUUGGUGCUGUUGUGGUGGUGUUGACAGUUGUGGUCUAUUUACUCGCCACUUUGGGCACAAAAGAAACCCCUUAUGAAGAAGCUCUUGCCGAACAACGUCAGAAGCAGGAACAGGAACAGAUUGCGCUAGCAAAGACUGACAAGCAACAAAAGUACAAAAAUACCAAGCAAAAGAAGCCAAAGGUCAGGAAAGAUGACUUUGAGCAGAAUGGACCAGCAUCGGCAACAAAAGUAGAGGAGGUAAUUACAGAACCAGACACCACACCACCUUCUACAGAACCUGAGGCUUCUCCCCAACCCCAGCAGGAAAAGAAGAAGAAAAAGAAGAAAGACAAGGAGGAUGAUGAAACUCCUCGCAAGAUCAUUGUAGAGGAGGUAACUGAAACUAUUGUGACAAAGGCUGAGGCUGUGAAAGUAGAAGCUGCAAAGGGGAAGUCCUCUAAGCCAGAAGCAGCCAAGUCCUCGCAGGCCAAGGCUGAAAGCCCGAAAGCUGAUGCUGUGAAGGUGGAGUCUUCUAAAGGAAAGGCUUCCAAGGUAGAGGCAUCCAAGUCAGAGCAAGCCAAGGCUGAAAGCCCAAAGGCUGAAGUUGGAAAGUCAAAGGCUGCCAAGGCUGAGGCUGCAAAGACUGAAACUUCUAAGACUGAAGCUGCCAAGGCUGAACUAGCCAAAGGAAAGGCAGCCAAGGCUGAUGUGGGAAAAGCUGAAGCAUCAAAGAUCACCAAGGCCAAGGAGACCAAGACAGAGGCAGUCAAGACAGAGGCAGCAAAGACCAAGGCCGCUCCAGAAUCCACCCCUCCUCCUCAGGGAAAAGAAAAUAAGAAGGAAAAGGUUGUAACGCCUGUAACUCGCCCUAAGGCUGAAGAUAAUUUUGAGGUUGUAGAUGGGACUAUGAACUCGACAGGAAAGGCUACACCAACCCAAGAAAAGAAGAAGAAAAAAGAGAAACAGAAGACUGAUAUCCCAGGUCCAAAAGAGAGCAGAAUUCUGCCCCUUGUGCAAGAUGCUCACCUGAGCAGUGGAGAGAUUCAAACUUUGAUUGACAUCCUGCUGAACAAGCAGCAGCAGAACAAUGCUGGUGGUGAAUGGGUCGAGAAGGGACGUGUCGAUCCCACAACUCAGCUCCGGCGACAGUUGGAGGAAGUGGAAACCCGCUUGAGGGAGAAGGAUGAAGCUCACUCUGCACUGUCUGCCAAGAUUACUGCCCUCCGUACGGAGCUGAAUUGUGAACGUUCUCGUGCAGUGAAGCUGAAAGCUCAAUUGGAUGACACUGUUGCAAAUCACUCACGUGAGCUUGAGACAGCAAAUGCAAAUGCCCAGUCAUCUCAGAAUGCACGUCUGAAUGAAAUGAAGGCAGCUCUAGAGAAGGAAUACCAGACUAAAAUGCAACAGCAACAAAAGAUUUUACAGCAGUUGCAGAGCACGAAUAAUGAAUCGGAAAUUGCAACCCUGCGAGCUUCCCUCAGUGAGUCAGAAAUGCAAACUGCUGUGCUGAGACAAGAGCAUGAAGAAUUAACAAGGAGAUGCCAGCAGUAUGAAGAGCACAUUGCUGCUCUUGAUGAAAAGAGAACAGGUGAAAAUGCCAGUAGAAAUACACAAAUCACAGAGCUGCAGGCACAACUUGCAAGUGCUGAUGCCCAGAGAGCCCAAGCCUUGGCAGAGGCAUCUGCUGCAAGUGCUGAGCGAGAUGCUCUUACUGUGCAACUAGCAAAUGAAACCUCAAAAACUGCACAAACACAGCACAAACUUCAGGAAUCGGCACAGGAGAAAACAAAAGUGGAGUCGCGAUUAGCCCAAAUAGAGGGUGAACUUUGUAGUGUACGACAGGUGGUGUUAGACCAGACUGCAGAAAUUGAACGCUUAAAAGAGGAAAAGGAGUCUUUGGCAUCUCAGAGUGUCCGUCCAGCAGCUGAGGGUCAAGAAAAUGGCGAUGUUCAUGCAGAGCAAACCCAAGGCCCAUCCACCGCCCACUUAGAAUCAUUAGUUAAGGAAAGAGAGAUCCAAAUAGAACAACAAAUAAGUGAGGUAUCAAACCUGAAGAAGGAAAUUGCAAGAUUAAAAGAAGAACUGGAUAAUCAGAAAGCAAAGAACAAUGAGUUACGAGAAAAGAACCACAAAGUCCUGGAGGCCUUAACAAGCACAGAGGAAAAAUUGAUGGCUAGACUCAAGCAGGUGGAUGAGGCAUCUGGUGAGGUGGAAGAGGAGAAGACGAAGGUUCGUGCCGUCCUUAGAAGAAUUUUCCCUGAGGUUGUUGUAGAUGACGCAUUGGCCCUUCCUGUUAGGAAAAAGACGUACCAGGACCAAGGUGCAUUCCUAAGUGAAUUUGAGACGAAGGCAUUACAAGUAAUUACUCAGUCGUCUCAGACACCACAGCCAGAGGUUGUGGAGAAAGUUGUAGAAAAGGUUGUUGAAGUUGAAAAGGUUGUAGAGAAGGUAGUUGAAGUAAAGGUUGAAGACCCAGAACUCAAGUCUCAGGUUGAGAAACUUGUCAAGGAAAAUGCUCAGCUUAAGUCUCAGGUUGAAGAUCUUAAGAGAUCGUCAUCUGCCAGUGAUAGCAAGAGAGUUAGUGAGCUCGAACAAGAAGUCCAAGCAGUCAAUGAGAAAGUUGUCCAUUAUCAGACUGUUCUUGCAGAUACUGAGAAUUUACUCAAAUCAUUAGAGGCAUCUGUUGAGUCAGAGGAAGUGACCUGGAAUAAAAGGUUGUCAGAGAAAGACCAAGACUUGCGUCAACUAACGGCUGACAAAGCAAACCUCCAGCUGCAGGUGAAACAGCUAGAAGGCACCUUAGACAAGGUCAAGCAGGCAGAGGAGGCAGCAGCAGAGGUUUGUGGAGUGGAGUUUGCGUUAAAUUGCAUAGAGAAGUCUCUGCCCCUCGUAGUCACUCAGAUGCAGUCUCAAUUGAAGGAACUGCAGGAGCAGCUACAGAAGGAAGAAAAGGAGAAGGCAGCUCUUCAGGAGGAGCUGAUGAAGGCCCAGGAGCAGCUCACACAGACCGCUACCAAGUAUUGUGUACAGGGCAGCGGUGAUGUUGAUGUGGGCUUGCUGGAGCUGCGUGCAGACAACGACAAGCUUCGAACACUAGUCAGUGUUGGGCAGGAUGCCAGCCGGCAACAGGAACAGCUCAUCGAGGAGCUAAGGACGGAACUAGCCUCUGUCAAGGCAGCCCUGGCCGCUAGCCGUGUGAGUAAAAUGGGCUACAUGGUUGGUUGGGUGGGACGCAACAGCAACAACACCACCACCACCAACAUCAUCAACAACAACAACCACCCUGUGGAACAGCAGAAUGCAAGUAUGAAUGGACCAGCCAGUGAGGAACAGUGUCAAGAGGACAACACCUCGCGUGCCGACACCGCCAGUCUGAUGUCCGCUUCCUCUGCCUCAGUCACAGACACUAACCUUUCUCAGGAUCAGUCAGGAGCAACGGCAAAAAAAGCUAAAAAGAAGCGAAAGUUUUCUCUGCGAGGUUCCCCUCGUAAAGCUAGUAAGUCUCCCAGCAGACGUACCAGUAGGGAAGGAACAAUUGUCAGAGCCGUUGAUACAAAAACAGGGUGCUGGGGCUAAGCAGUGAAAAAUAAUAGGAGGUACAAGAAGCAGCCACAACUUGCAAGAGUUUCACUGACAUUGUCUAUCGUCCAACCUUGGCCACAGUGUUGGAGGUCCACAGCCAGAGCAGCUGAAUGCCAUGAAGACUUUUGCUAUUAAGAUGUAUUUUAUACAAAUAUUCUUUUGUAGAAUGUCCUGGAAAUUGAAGCUUCAUGGGAGAUAGCUGUUACAAGUGAGGACCAUUUAUAAAAAAAAAAAAAAAAAAAAAAAUUCUGAAUUUUCUCUUUAUGAAUUUGAACAAGUUUGUUAGUUGUAAGUGUUCAACUUGCAUGUAUGCUUUGGAAGAAAUUUUGAAAGAUUCGCUCGAAGAUUAUUAGCUAAUUGUUUGAUAGGCUUUGUUUAUCAGAAUUGUAAACUUUGCUUUGGUUAUUCUGAGUAACAAGACUGUUAAAUUGAAAUGAGUUGUGAAGCCAAAAGGUUUGCUCAGUUUUUGGUGGCAGUUAUAAAGUGCAAUGUUGUCAGUGACAGUGAAGUCUUGCAGGUCAUCGUCUUUGAACCAUCAGUGUGAUGCAGACGGUUGUUGAGACUUGCUCAUUUAGGAAAGUGUUUUUCUAUUCAUGCUUUUACAUUUGUGAUUGGUUCUUUGUUAUUAUCAGAAGUCGUCUUCUAUGAUGUAAAAGUGAAAACCAAAAGGUUUGACAGCAAGUUCUGAUCACCUGUGGUGUUGUGGGUGCACUUUUUCUUUUUUUAGUUUCCAUUGCUGCAAAGGGUUAGGGGCAUUGCCAAGCAUUGUAUUUUUUGUUUACUAUUGGAGAGAUUCACUCUUGUGUUUUAUAACGUAUUUUACACUUGAUGCAGCAAGAGCAAUCUUAAGUUAAAAAUACAAAGUUCAUUCCAGUGAUGAUUAAUCCCCUCUUUUUGAAAGGGCUAUAUUUUUUCUCCACUUGGACAGUGAAGUAAUGUACCAUGCACAGGAAUAAUAGUAUAGUUAAAUAUGUAUUCUAGCUUUUCAUAUGUUCAGACGAUCUUGAUAUUCUUCAAAGAAUUGAUAAUUUAAUAUGGAUGUGUUGCAGAUAUAAAUGGUAUCUGCACUUUUUUUUUUUUUUUUUUAAGUUAACACAGCAGUGGUACAUAUUUUACUGACCAGUUUUGUAUAACUAAAUGGAAAACUAUUCCAGUAGGCCAUUAGGACACUUCCCAAGUUUCCAGUCCAUUCUGGGUGGGCUUGCUUAUGUCUUCUGGCGCCUCACGUCGGCAUAUCCUUUACUGUGGUAAUAAUCCCCAUAGACCAAGAUUUACUAUUACUAUUGUUUUGUACGGUGCAAGGAGCCAAGAACACAAGUGUGGCAGUUAGUGUGGUUGUCCUUGGGGCGGGUAGCACGGGUUGGGACCAGGAAAAACAAAUAGCAGGUCGUAGGGGGAUCAAAGGGCAAUCUGGUGCUUAUUCUUUCCCAACAGGCAGAUGACCUGAGCCUGGAUGCUCUUGUGGGUUGGGGUUGUAAUGAUACACCUUGGAGGAUGUAGGUCCUUCCUUUUUUUGUCUUUGUAUUUGUGCUGAGGUGAAUCUAUUUGACAUGGCAUUACAUCUUCCAACUCUGAAAGAUCGCAGUCUAGACUGAUAGGGGUUGCCUAUUCCACAUCUGAACACAUUCUAUUCUUUUUAUAAUUAUUUUUUUGAAUCUGUAAUUCCAAGGGUAUACGGUGAUUUUAAGGUGUGGUUUGUCAAACUGCUUGUGAUGGGGCUAUUAUACAUAUGCUAAAUAGCCCCAGUUAUAUCUAUAGAAUAGUCACCCAAGAAUUAAAUCAUAGCCAGUAGGUAUUACUGAUUAGUAUAAAUGCUUUACAAGAUCAAAGUGGUGUUUAAAAUUGGUGCCCAUGUGCUGCCCAGCCUGGCGUGUGAGAUUGUUACCUGGUGAGAUUGGACCUGGUAUUCAAACACAAAUACAUGGUUUAUCAGUA